AUGGAUACUCCAAAUCCGCCCAUCCUGUUCAACCCUAGGGGAAGAAGACGGCCUCUGAUACCAAACUUGAAUCGGCACCAGCCCCCACGUGAAAAGCCGCGAAUCUUCACAAGCACUUAUGAGGUUACGCCAGAAGAUAUAACCGAAGUGAAAGAUAUUUUGUUAAAGGCUAGGAAUCUACCUCUUGAACUUGUCGAUAUGAUCUUAGACAAUGCCGAGUAUUGGGUUUGUUCUUCUACUAUCAUCGACCAUGACGAUUCCGAAUCAGGUCGGAUCUCCAUCCACGGUGCACGUGAAGGAGAAAACCAAUUUCUGCUUCGUACUAAGCCGCUUGGGCUUACUAAAUGGUCACCUUCCAGCCAAGAUCUGUGGAGAAUAGAAGCUACUCCUAAGCAACUCGAGGAGGAAUACCCUCAGUCUGAUCUGCAAAAAUUUGCAGAGGGUCCUCUUCCCACGUUAGAACAUCCAUUUCGAAAAGUUGUUUUCGAUAUUGAGAGUUGCGAUCAAGGUUGGAGUAGUCACCAUGGCGAUCAUGGUACUUAUCGCAGCUCCUUUACGUGGUUUGAGGCGGGGUUAGAGCGUUUUGAUAAGAACAACGAAUGCCUACCGGAUUGUCCAGAUCAGAAAAACAAUGAUAAGUCCAAUGAUUUAGAUAUCCCAACAUGCGCGAUACGCCCAAUUUGGCCCUCAGUACUACAGGACCAAGGCGGCGCUGGUGGUCCACGAUACCAUCAUGAUUUACUUGCUGAUAAGAACCAUGAGAUACAGCGCAAUAAACAUGCUGUAGGUGAAUUACAACACCACCACGUUGAGUGGGCCUGGGAUGACAACAUUGAUCCGGAAUCCUUGGAGACGGAACGCUUAACUGAAGUUGGCCGGGGAUCAGGUACAGGUAACGGCGAGUUCGUUAGGAACUUGAAAUUUGGGGAUAUGAUCACUGUCUGGGGUCAUGCAAGAUUUCCAGGAUGGAAGAAUGACGUCAAAAAGGUUGGGGUCAAGGUUUAUUGGACGCUAUAA